GCAACUACCGUGUCCUUGAAUUCGCUGCUGAGCGCCUGUGAAAGCGCGGCCGCCUGGGCAUCGGCCGUCGCAGCUUUGAGCACGGCAAGCAGCGAUGGUUUGCGCUGCGACGCGAUCAGCCUCAACUCGGUGGCAAGCGCUGCCGCGGACGAGGAGCAGGGUGACUGGCGCCGAGCCCGGAGCAUGCUCAAGGACUACCAGGAUCUAGGUUUGCAAAGGUCGAUCGUCUCCUUCGGUUCGGCUAUUGGGCCCUGGGCUACUGCCAUUGCCUUGCUCAUUGCUGCAGCAGCGGCCCACGUUCGCAGGAGUGCCAUCGCGCAGCGCGCUGCGCUCGCGGCUGCAGCAGCUGAAGGCCAGUGGCGUGCAACCUUGGAGUUGUUACCAGGCGCCCGGGAUGUGCGAGGUUUCAGCUCGGCCGUCGAUGCCGCUGCGAAGGCCGGUUCGGAGCCCUUGGGACUUCUGGAAGAGCUUCGGCAAUCUGGUCUCCAAACCCUGAAGCACCUCGAAGAGUACGGCGAUGAUUUACAGGGUCUGAGCAAGUAG